GCAUCCCAGCCAGGAAAGACAGAGGCAGCUCCCCUAAACCCCAUCUCCUGGCCCAGAGCCCCCUUUGUCCUCGUGCAUGCAUGUGUUUGAGGCAGGAGGACUGGCCGCAGCUGCGAGAUUCUGGCUCUGGGUUUUAAACCCUCAGUGGUUCUGGGGACCCAGGGAGGAACUGAGAAAGCCAGGACCCCAGGCCCCUCCCUCUUCGGCCUCCCCUUCUGUGAGGGUGAAAUAGAAGUGUGACAAGAGACAGAGACACAGGGAGACAGAGAUUGAAAGAGACCGAGCGACAUACAGGAGGACAGGAGUCACGGCAGAUGCCCACGGAGGAGCUCUGCCAGGGAGACAGAAAUGCCAGGGUCGCAAGUGCUUCUCAGCACGCCCGCCCAUCCCCCAUGCUCAGUCCCUCAUGCCAGCCACGGCCCUCCCUGCUGGCAGGGGCUGGGGGGUCCAGCCUGGGUCGUCGGCCCUGCCCCGCUCUCACCCAUCUGCACAAGGCCUGGCUGGGUCCGUGGGGGAGGGGCUGACCUGGCUCCUGCCCACCCCCCCAAUUCUGAUGUAACAUCCAGGACUGGAUGUUUCACUCCCCAAUUCUCCGGAUCCGGCUGCAGGAGGUUCUUAAGGCCGCUUUACGCCGGAACGUGUGGGGGACACGGAGCCCUAGACCACGGGGCGCCCCCUUCCCUUGGAGGGGGUUCACCCCCCUUUGCACACGCAGUCCCUGAACCCGCCCGGAGGCGAGACGUCCCGCUGCCGCCGCUGGUCCCCGCCCUGGGGCCGCCAUUGGCUGUUGCCAUGGCACCAGGCCUUCUUCCCGCGCCGCGAUUGGCCGCAGCGGCUGCAUCCCGCAUCCCGCAUCCUCCCCCGCUCGCGGUGGUCUCGCCCAGCCCUAGGAGCGGCGGCGCCGCCUGGCCAGGCCGGGACCGGGCUUUGUCCGCCCCGGAACCCUCUGCUUGCGCCGCCAAGACCCCGGAGACCCGGAACCCACGCCCCGCGGCGCCCCCGCCAGCCCAGCCCGAGUGAGAUAAAGCGCUCCAGGAGCUGAAGAUGGCGAGCUCCGUGGCACCCUACGAGCAGCUGGUGCGGCAGGUGGAGGCCUUGAAGGCCGAGAACAGUCAUCUGAGGCAGGAGCUGCGAGACAAUUCCAGCCACCUGUCCAAGCUAGAGACGGAGACGUCCGGCAUGAAGGAGGUCCUGAAGCACUUACAGGGCAAGCUGGAGCAAGAGGCGGGAGUGCUGGUGUCCUUGGGGCAGACGGAUGUGCUGGAGCAGCUGAAAGCCCUGCAGAUGGACAUCACCAGCCUGUACAACCUCAAGUUCCAACCCCCAGCCCUAAGCCCCGAGCCCGCAGCGCGGACCCCUGAAGAAAGUCCCGUCCACGGCUCUGGACCCUCUAAGGACAGUUUUGGGGAGCUGAGCAGGGCUACUGUCCGGCUGCUGGAGGAGCUGGACCGGGAACGGUGCUUCCUGUUGAACGAGAUCGAGAAGGAGGAGAAGGAGAAGCUCUGGUACUACUCGCAGCUGCAGGGCCUGUCCAAGCGCCUGGACGAGCUCCCGCACGUGGAGACGCAGUUCUCGAUGCAGAUGGACCUGAUCCGGCAGCAGCUGGAGUUCGAGGCGCAGCACAUCCGCUCGCUGAUGGAGGAGCGCUUCGGCACCUCGGACGAGAUGGUGCAGCGCGCGCAGAUCCGCGCUUCGCGCCUGGAGCAGAUCGAUCAGGAGCUGCUGUCCGCCCAGGACCGCGUGCCGCAGACCGAGCCCCAGGCCCUGCUGGCGGUGAAGUCAGUGCCGGUAGAGGAGGACCCGGAGACUGAGGUCCCCACGCACCCUGACGAUGGUGUCCCUCAGCCGGGCAACAGCAAGGUGGAGGUGGUCUUCUGGUUGCUGUCCAUGCUGGCGACACGGGACCAGGAGGACACAGCCCGCACCCUGCUGGCGAUGUCCAGCUCGCCGGAGAGCUGCGUGGCGAUGCGCCGCUCGGGGUGUCUGCCGCUGCUGCUGCAGAUCCUGCAUGGCGCCGAGGCGGGCGCCGGGAGCUCUGGGGCGCCGGGAGCCAAGGAUGCACGCAUGCGCGCCAACGCGGCGCUACACAACAUAGUCUUCUCGCAGCCGGACCAGGGCCUGGCGCGCAAGGAGAUGCGCGUCCUGCAUGUGUUGGAGCAGAUCCGGGCCUACUGCGAGACCUGCUGGGACUGGCUGCAGGGCAGGGACGGCGCCGACGGAGGCGGCAACGGCGGUGCCCCCGUCCCCAUUGAGCCUCAGAUCUGCCAGGCCACCUGUGCCGUGAUGAAGCUGUCCUUUGAUGAGGAGUACCGCCGUGCCAUGAACGAGCUGGGUGGGCUGCAGGCCGUCGCGGACUUGCUGCAGGUUGACUACGAGAUGCACAAGAUGACGCGGGACCCGCUCAACCUUGCCCUUCGCCGCUAUGCCGGCAUGACCCUCACCAACCUCACUUUUGGGGAUGUCGCCAACAAGGCAAUGCUGUGUGCCCGCAGGGGCUGCAUGGAGGCCAUCGUGGCCCAGCUGGCUUCUGAGAGCGAGGAGCUCCACCAGGUGGUGUCCAGCAUCCUGCGCAACCUGUCCUGGAGGGCUGACAUAAACAGCAAGAAGGUGCUGAGGGAGGUUGGCAGCAUGACUGCCCUGAUGCAGUGUGUUCUUCGAGCCUCCAAGGAGUCCACCCUGAAGAGCGUGCUCAGUGCCCUGUGGAACCUGUCGGCACACAGCACGGAGAACAAGGCGGCCAUCUGCCAGGUGGACGGUGCCCUGGGCUUCCUGGUGAGCACACUGACCCACAAGUGCCAGAGCAACUCCCUGGCCAUCAUCGAGAGCGGCGGCGGCAUCCUGCGCAACGUGUCCAGCCUCAUUGCCACCCGGGAGGACUACAGGCAGGUGCUGCGGGACCACAACUGCCUGCAGACGCUGCUCCAGCACCUGACGUCGCACAGCCUGACCAUCGUGAGCAACGCCUGCGGCACGCUCUGGAACCUGUCCGCCCGCAGCCCGCGUGACCAAGAGCUCCUGUGGGACCUGGGGGCCGUGGGCAUGCUGCGCAACCUGGUGCACUCCAAGCACAAGAUGAUCGCCAUGGGCAGCGCCGCCGCCCUGCGUAACCUGCUGGCCCACCGCCCCGCCAAGUACCAGACCACCGCCACGGCUGUCUCCCCUGGCACAUGCGCUCCCAGCCUGUAUGUGCGGAAGCAGCGGGCGCUGGAGGCCGAGCUGGACACGCGGCAUCUGGCGCAGGCGCUCGACCACCUGGAGAAGCAGGGCCUGCCGGAGGCGGAGGCCGACGCAGCCUCUAAGAAGCCCCUGCCGCCCCUGCGGCACCUGGACGGGCUGGCCCGGGACUACGCCUCCGACUCGGGCUGCUUCGACGACGACGAGGCGCCCUCCCUGGCCGCUGCAGCCGCCACCGCGGAGCCUGCCAGCCCCGCGGUGCUGUCGCUCUUCCUGGGGAGCCCCUUCCUGCAGGGGCAAGCGCUGGCCCGGGCCCCGCCAGCCCCCCGCGGUGUCCCAGAAGCAGACAAGGAGGCCGGCAGGGAGGUGGCUGUGGCGGCCAGAGCCAAGGCCAAGCUGGCGCUGGCGGUGGCACGAAUCGACAGGCUGGUGGAGGACAUCUCCGCCCUGCACACCUCGUCGGACGACAGCUUCAGCCUCAGCUCUGGGGACCCUGGGCAGGAAGCGCCACGUGAAGGCCGGGCCCAGUCCUGCUCUCCUUGCCGGCGGCCGGAGGGAAGGCGGCCAGAGGCUGGCAGUCGGGCCCACCCACUGCUGCGGCUCAAGGCUGCCCACGCCAGCCUCUCCAAUGACAGCCUCAACAGCGGCAGCACCGGUGACGGGCGCUGUCCUCGUGAGCACACACGGUCCUGCCCACUGGCCGUGCUGGCCGAGCACCGCGAGGGGUCCCCGAGCAGCCAGGUGCGGCCCAGCCGGCUUGACCUCCACUUGCCGGGCAGCCAGGAGCCGGCGUCCCGGGACGGCUCUGCCCCUGACGCCUGUGUACGCACCAUCAAGUUGUCGCCCACCUACCAGCACGUACCACUCUUCGAGGGCAACCCCAGGGCGGGCAUGGGGUCCCUGGCCCCCGGAGCCCGGAAGCAGGCCUGGCUGCCCAUGGAUGGCCUGAGCAAGGUGCCGGAGAAGCUGGCGGCAGAGACCGUGCCACUGUGCCUGUCGCGCUGCAGCUCCCUGUCCUCGCUGUCCUCGGCUGGCCGCCCAGGCCCCAGUGAGGCCGGGGACCUGGACAGUGACUCAUCCCUGGAAGGGCUGGAGGAGGCUGGACCCAGCAAGGCUGACCUGGACGGGGCCUGGCUCGGCCCCGGGGCUGCCUCCCUGCCCGUGGCCAUCCCGGCUCCCCAGCGGGGCCGGGGCCUGGGGGUGGAGGACACCACCCCGUCCAGCUCCUCGGAGAACUGCGUGCAGGAGACGCCGCUGGUGCUGAGCCGCUGCAGUUCGGUGAGCUCCCUGAGCAGCUUCGAGAGCCCGUCCAUUGCCAGCUCGGUCCCGAGUGACCCGUGCAGCGGGCUGGGCAGCGGCACGGUCAGCCCCAGCGAGCUGCCCGACAGCCCGGGGCAGACCAUGCCACCCAGCCGCAGCAAGACGCCCCCGCUAGCCCCUGCGCCCCCCGGCGAGCGGGAGAGCACCCAGUUCAGCCUGCAGUGGGAGAGCUACGUGAAGCGCUUCCUGGACAUCGCCGACCGCCGCGAGCGCUGCCGGCUUCCGUCCGAGCUGGACGCGGGCAGCGUGCGCUUCACCGUGGAGAAGCCGGACGAGAACUUCUCCUGCGCCUCCAGCCUCAGCGCGCUGGCCCUGCACGAGCACUACGUGCAAAAGGACGUGGAGCUGCGGCUGCUGCCCCCAGCCUGCCCUGAGCGCGGCGGCGGCGGCGGCGGCGGCGGCCCCAGCCUGCACUUUGCUGGGCACCGCCGGCGGGACGAGGCUGGUGGCUGUCUCGAGGGCCCGGCAGCUGCUGACCAGGAGCUGGAGCUGCUGCGCGAGUGCCUGGGGGCGGCAGUCCCCGCCCGGCUCCGCAAGGUGGCCUCGGCGCUGGUGCCUGGUCGCCGCGCAUUGCCCGUGCCCGUCUACAUGCUGGUGCCGGCCCCUGCCCGGGGGGAGGACUCCUGCGCUGACUCUGCUGACGGCACGCCUGUCACCUUCUCUAGUGCCACCUCGCUCAGCGACGAGACACUGCAGGGACCUCCCAGGGACCCACCUAGUGGGCACUCGGACAGGCAGAAGCCUGCGGGUCGCGAGGCGCCAGCCAGGCAGGCCACGGGGCACAGGCACAGGGCAUGGGGUGCGGGCCGGAGCCCGGGGCAGGCCCGGGGCGUGGGCAGGAGCAGGGAGGGGCUGGAGCUUCCCCUCUGCCGGCCCUCGAGCGCCUACAAGGACCAGGAUGUCUUCCGCCCCAGCCCGGGCCGCGGGGACGGGGCGCUGCAGUCCCUGUGCCUCACGACGCCCACCGAGGAAGCCGUGUACUGCUUCUACGACAACGACUCAGACGAGGAGCCCUCCGAGGCGGUGGUGCCCCCGCGGCGGGCAUCUGCCAUCCCCCGGGCGGUAAAGAGAGAGCGCCCGGCUGGCAGGAAGGAGGUGCAGGCUGCACCCAAGGCUACGCCCAAGGCCACGCAAGCUGCCCGUGCCCAGCCCAGCCUCAUUGCCGAUGAGAUGCCGCCGUGCUACUCCCUGAGCUCCUCCGCCAGCUCCCUUAGUGAGCCCGACCCCCCUGAGCACCCAGCAGGCCGGCCCCAGGCUCUCGAGCCAGCUGUCAGCAAGGGGCCAGGUGCUGCAGGGGGUCGUCAUGGCCCCCCAAGCCCACGGGUGGAGACAGGGCUGCUCCGGCGCGGUGUCAACUCCACGGUGCCCAGGCGCCGGUUCCAAGCGUCGGGCCCUCGGCGCCGCAAGCCCCAAGCCACCCAGCCAGACAAGCAGCCUGCAGAGGGGCCCCGGGAGCGCGGGGACGAGGCGGCCAGCUCUGACCAUGCCUCAGACCUUGACAGCGUUGAGUGGCGCGCUAUCCAGGAGGGCGCCAACUCCAUUGUCACGUGGCUGCACCAGGCGGCGGCUGCGGCCACCCACGAGGCCUCAUCUGGAUCUGACUCCAUCCUGUCCGGGUCGGGGCUGUCGGGGAGCUCCACCCUGCAACCCACAUUGCACAGGAAGGGACGGCGGCUGCAGGCGGAGGGCCCGGUGGGCAGCACCGCGAGGCCGGAGAAACGGGACUCGGCCCUGGCCCAGCAUAGCACCAGUGGCCCCGAGAAGCUGCGCGGGGCUCAGAAGACCACGUGCAGGGUGCCAGCCGUGCUCCGGGGAAGGACCGUGAUCUAUGUGCCCAGCCCGGCCCCCCGGGCCCAACCCAAAAGCCACCCUGGCACCCGCGUGGCACCGAGGAAGAUGGGACCCCCGAGUCCUGCGCAGCCAGGAGCCCCCGCCAAGACCCCCAGCCCUGGGCAGCAGCGGUCUCGAAGCCUACACCGGCCGGGCAAGAGCUCGGAGCUGGCGGCGCUGAGCCGUCCGCAGAGGAGCGCCACACCGCCUGCCCGCCUGGCCAAGGCCCCCUCCUCGGGGUCCUCCCCCGCCUCUCCAGCCUCCCAGCCCCCUACAAGGAGGCCGCCCCCAGGCGCCCAGGCAGCAGGGCCUCUCCCCGGCCCCGGGGCAGCCCUGGUGCCCCAAACACCCACGCGGGCCCUGCUGUCUAAGCAGCACAAGACGCAGAAAUCACCUGUGCGGAUCCCCUUCAUGCAGAGGCCAGCCAAGCGGGGGCCACCAGCCCUGGCCAGGGCAGCCCCGGAGCCGGGUCCCCGGGGUCGGGCGGCAGCGGAGGGAAGCCCUGGCACCCGAGGGGGCCGCCUGGGCCUCGUGCGUGUGGCCUCUGCCCGCUCCAGCGGCAGUGGGUCGUCCGACCGCUCCGGUUUCCAGCGGCAGCUGACCUUUAUCAAGGAGUCCCCGGGCCUGCGCCGCCGCCGCUCGGGACUGUCCACCCCAGAGGCUGCGCCCCCCGCCUCCCAGGGCAGCUCACCCCACCGCAGUCGACCCGCGCUGCCUGCCGUCUUCCUCUGCUCCUCGCGCUGCGACGAGCUGCGGGCAGCCCCCAGGCAGGUUCCAGUCCCCCAGCGAGCCCCGGCGGCCAGACCCAGGCCCAGCGAGCGGCCCGCCCGGCGCCCAAGCUCCGAGAGCCCGUCCCGUCUGCCUGUCCGCACGCCCGCCGCCCCACCCGAGGCGGUCAAGCGGUACGCCUCCCUGCCGCACAUCAGCGUGGCCCGCAGGCCCGACGGGGCUGCCCCCGGGCCCAGCGCCGACGCUGCCCGGCGCAGCAGCGAUGGAGAGGCCCGGCCACUGCCGAGGGUGGCGGCACCAGGCACUACGUGGCGUCGCAUCCGGGAUGAGGAUGUUCCACACAUCCUGCGGAGCACGCUGCCUGCCACUGCCCUGCCACUGAUGGGCGCCCCGUCUGAGGAGGGCCCCAGCGGCCCCCCACAGCGCAAGACCAGUGACGCCGUGGUCCAGACAGAGGACUUUGCCGCCACUAAGACCAACUCCAGCACGUCUCCGAGUCUGGAAAGCAGGGGGCCCCCGCAGGCCCCAGUCAGCGGCCCCAGCACACUCACCAGCAGUGAUGUGGACGGGCUUGGCCCCACCAAAGCGCCCACCUCUGCUCCCUUUGUCCAUGAGGGCCUGGGGGUGGCUGCAGGGGGCUUUCCUGCCAGCCGGCAUGGCUCUCCCAGCCGCUCGGCCCGUGUCCCCCCCUUCAACUAUGUGCCCAGCCCCAUGGUGGCAGCCACCACUGACUUGGCCACAGAGAAAGCCCCCACUGCUGCCCCUACCAGCCUCCUGGAAUAGUAGCCAGCGCCGGCCUUCUAGAACAUCCUCUCCUGGCCAAGGGCUGGUCUGGCUGCCUGGAGGGUGAUCCUAGGGUCCAUCUACCCAUCAGAGCCCUUGGAGCCCCACUGCAGCCUGGAUUGGCCUCACAUCUCACGCACAGAUGCUUGCUUCGUGCUGCGGGGGCUCUGGAGGGAACGGGUUGCCGGCGCCAUCUCUCGUCCCAGCCUGGUGCGAGCACAGCGAGGCGGUCUAGCCCCAGGCUGGCCUCCACAUGGGGACCACCCUCCAAGCCCGGGCUGCCCUCAGCAGC